CACGUGUCCGUCUGACACUAUACAAAGCGCAAUUAUGCGCAUAUCUGUUAGAUACAGAUACAUUUACGGCUCGCCCACGAGUAAUAGAACGGCAGAGUGAGCAAGAGAGAGGGGCGGCGUAUCUUAUCGGACUUCGUCCGCCGAGCGCUUAUCGCAUGGCCCUUGACACACCUGCUCGCCGCUCCCUCGAUCCCCUCUCUCUCGCUUUCCAGUCGCCGAUAAGUCUUGGCCAAAAGCCAGCGACGCGUUAUGAUAUGACAGUUGGCCUAAGGCCUUUUCAUGGAGCGAAUAUCUUCGUCGGUGCGGUGCUCCUAACUCUCGUAUCCACGUGGAUAUAUAAUCAUAAACAUAAUCGUAUUGCGAACCCAAAAUGUCGUACAUACCGCCCUAUCUGGUGUUCUUCUUUCUGGCCUUCAUAUCCUGCGCCGUUACCUUCUGCUGCCUGCGAUUCUGCAUUUGGGUGUGCUUCGAGGCCAGGGAUUCUAGGAGUCGUCGGCGAAGACAUCACCGCCAGGGCAAUGUGUUCAGCGUGCCGGAGGAGCCUUCUGCUAACCGCUACGGCGACAUAUUCUUCAUUGAGCCUGGCAGCGUGGAGGCCAACCGCAUCCGCGACCAGCUGGAAAAGGAUGAGAAGGACCUGCCCAGCUAUGACGAGGUGAUGCGCAUGUGCAACCUGACCACGCCCACAGCUGCGGCAGCGGGGACGCCCCUUCCUCUAUCCCCGCUAGGCGAACCCGUUGCCGGUCCCAUUGGGAUUGCCGCACUGCCGGCACCUCCGUACUCGGAGACAGAUCCACAUUCACCCACCGCAGCAGCCACUAUCAUCGCAAUCGAACCGAUGGAGCCGUCCACUUCCCGAGCUGCACAGAUCCCACCCAGCUCCGGUUCCGGGCCACCUGCUCAUUCGCCGUCCACGACAACGGUGUGAUCCGCCGGAGGCAUGGAGAGAUGGAACUGAAGCAUUCGCCGUGCCACUCUGGGCCACACAGAUGCCACUUUGUGUGCGCCUCCAGAACAGUUAAUGAACUUGUGUGAUCUUAUUGAGUACAUACCUAGUUAAGUGCUAGAGAUUAAGUGUCACCUAUUGUAAAUACAUAUUUUUAGGAUAUAGGAUGAAAAUUAAAGUGAGUGAUUUAUUAGAAAA